CGAUGGCCUCCCUCUUCUCGCCGUUCCGCAACGCGUAUCGCUACACACAAUGGCUCGCCCAUGAAAAGCCCGUCAUCUUCUGGUCGCUCAGUAUUGGCCUCGUAGGCCCCGUCGCGGCUCUCAUUGUUCCUCCCGUCCGCCGCGGCUACUUUGGCUACGUCUCUCCCGACCCCAUCCCCACCAGUUACCCUGUACCAAACAGGCCGAGACGGGAGGUGACUGGGUACGAUGACGAGUCAUAGGCGGUGGGCCCGACGUUGGGGGGAGGAUGGCAGUUUGUGCGGCGCACACGGUAGUUGAUACGGACAGCGCGAGGACUCGAAGGACAACACCUCAACCAGUAUGUGGCUGUAAACUCUGUGUCGGAGGAGGGUGGAUGCUUCAUGCCCGAGUAGUAGAGCACGCUUGAGAGCGUGUACAUUCCCAAUAGACGAAAGGACACCUUAUCCUUGUCAUUCUCAUCCUUCGUCGACCAAUGCGUGCUGACGUCUGUCUCGUCCAAUUGUUUCGCUGCUUUUCGUUGUGUCCGUUUUUUAUUUGAGUGUAUACAUUG